GCCAACUACAGCAAUGAACAAACGACGUUUUUCUUUUAAAUCUGUCACCUCAAUUUCCUGAUUAAAUGAAUAUUAUCAAAAAUGUCCUGCAAUAUCGUUGACACAAUAGGCGACUGCGAAAAGCUAGAGAAAAAUUGCAAAAGCGAGGAGAGCUUCGCCAACGUCAUCGCCUCCGAGCUGGUCACGGAGAUCAUCGAAAAUGCCAUGGACGCGGUGGACGAGCUCGAGGCGAAAUCCUCGAAGACCGUCGGCGACAUCCUCGACAACCUGUCCAACAAGUUCCAGGAGCUCGCCAUAGGCGAGGAGCGGCCCGGCGACGGCGCGCCCGCCUUCGGCGUCGGCGACCACCUCGACGGCGACAAGCGGCAGGUGGGCGCCGCGCCCGUCUACGGCCACCCGCCCGUCGAGAAGAAGAGCCGCCUCACCGAUCUGGUGAAGAACUCGAAGCACCUCUGGGCCAAGCUGGUGUUCAACGAGCACAAGGACGACGCGCGCGACUGCAAGUCGGAGAAGAUCCUGCGCGUGGUGGACCUCGACUGCAACGAGCCGCCGUUCAAGGCCGGCGGGCCGGAGGAGCCGGCGCCGCUGCCGCACGCCGCCUCCACGGUGGCGCUGUCGUCGACCGGCGGCGAGAACGAUUCGCUGGACGAGGUGGCCUUGUCGGCGACGAAGGAGCGCGCCGAGGACGCCAAGAAGACGAUGACGUUCCCGCUGGCCGGCUCGUCGGGGAAGUCGCUGAUGGAGUGCUAUCGCACGCUCAAAGUGACGGCGGACUUCAAGAAGAAGAAGUGGAACUUCGGCAGCAAGUUGGUCAAUUACAUUAGGAAGCAGCACGCCAAGAAGCAGGGUAAAGGGGCGAGCGAUGGCGUCGAGAUUACGCCCAAGGCGGAGGAGUCUUCUUAACUUUUGCCCAUAUAUAUCUACA